AUGGAGCCAGGUGCUUGGGGGAAUGAGACAGCCAUCACUGAGCUCAUCCUUCUUGUCCUGACAGGGAACAUAAGAUUACAGCCCAUCCUUUUUGAUGUCUUCCUCUUUGCCUACACAGUCACAGUUGGGGGCAACCUCAGCAUCCUGGCUGCCAUCUUUGUGGAGCCCGAACUCCGUACUCCCAUGUAUUACUUCCUGGGGAACUUGUCUCUGCUGGACAUCAGGUGCAUCACAGUCACUGUUCCUCCGAUGCUGGCAUGUCUCCUGGCCCGCCAGUGCAGAGUUCCCUAUGCUGCCUGCAUUUCACACCUCUUCUUUUUCCACCUCCUGGCUGGGGUAGACUGUCACCUCUUGACAGCCACGGCCUAUGAUCACUACCUGGCCAUCUGUUGGCCUCUCACCUACAGCACUCAUAUGAGCCGUGAAGUCCAGGGUGCCCUGGUGGGCAUUUGCUGCACCAUCUCCUUCAUCGAUGCUCUGACUCACACAGUGGCUGUGUCUGUGCUUGACUUCUGUGGCCCUAAUGUGGUCAACCACUUCUACUGUGACCUCCCACCUCUUUUCCAGCCCUCCUGCUCCAGCAUCCACCUCAAUGGGCAGCUGCUUUUUGUGGGGGCCACCUUCAUGGGAGUGAUCCCCAGGAUCCUUAUCUCAAUGUCCUAUGCCUGUGUCUCAGCUGCAGUGUUACGAAUCUACUCAGCUGAGGGGAAGAAGAAGGCUUUCUCCACGUGUGGCUCCCACCUCACUGUGGUCUGUAUUGACGGAACUGGCUUCUUCAGUUACAUGUACCUGGGCUCAGUCUUAGCCUCAGACAAGGAUAGGGGGAUUGGGAUCCUCAACACUAUCCUCAGUCCCAUGCUGAACCCAGCCAUUUGCAGCCUCCGGAAUGCUGACAUGCAGGGCGCCCUGAAAAGGGUGCUGACAGGGAAGAGGCCCCCAGCAUGA